AGAAAUAUAACCUUAUAUUUUUAAGUAUUGCCUCCCUAUCUGCUCUUCAACUCGUUUUACAUUUAGUAUUCAAAUAUGUUCAGUGUUCAGCCUUUGCUGUUUUUACUAAUUUUCUUCCCUGCUUUUAGUUAACAGCCAGGUCCUUGCCUGCUGUGCAGUCUGAUGAAAGACUUCAGCCGCUGCUCAACCACCUCAGUCAUUCCUACACUGGCCAAGAUUACAGUACCCAGGGAAAUGUUGGAAAGAUUUCUUUAGAACAGAUUGAUUCGCUUUCUACCAAAUCCUUCCCACCUUGCAUGCGUCAGUUACAUAAAGCCUUGCGGGAAAAUCACCAUCUUCGUCAUGGAGGCCGAAUGCAGUAUGGCCUAUUUCUGAAAGGCAUUGGUUUAACUUUGGAACAGGCAUUGCAGUUCUGGAAGCAAGAAUUUAUCAAAGGAAAGAUGGAUCCAGACAAGUUUGAUAAAGGUUACUCUUACAACAUCCGUCAUAGCUUUGGAAAGGAAGGCAAGAGGACAGACUAUACACCUUUCAGUUGCUUGAAGAUUAUUCUAUCCAAUCCACCAAGCCAAGGGGAUUAUCAUGGGUGCCCAUUCCGUCACAGUGAUCCAGAGCUGCUGAAGCAAAAGUUGCAGUCAUACAAGAUCUCUCCUGGAGGGAUAAGCCAGAUUUUGGAUUUAGCAAAGGGGACACAUUACCAGGUAGCCUGUCAAAAAUACUUUGAGAUGAUACACAAUGUGGAUGAUUGUGGCUUUUCUUUGAAUCAUCCUAAUCAGUUCUUUUGUGAGAGCCAACGUAUUCUAAAUGGUGGUAAAGACAUAAAGAAGGAGCCUAUCCAACCAGAAACUCCUCAACCCAAACCAAGUAUCCAGAAAGCCAAGGAUGCAUCAUCUGCUCUGGCCUCUUUAAAUUCCUCUCUGGAAAUGGAUAUGGAAGGACUAGAAGAUUACUUUAGUGAAGAUUCUUAGGCAGUUUUGUAACCCUUUUUCCUCAAUAGCCUUCAUUUCCUGUUUUUAAGAUUUUGCUUUUGUUGUUGUUGAAAAAAAGUUUCACUCUGUCACCCAGGCUGUAGUGCAGUGACACAAUUACAGCUGAUUGUAGCCUCGACCUUCCCAGCUCAAGAGAUCCUCCUGCCUCAGCCUCCCAAGUUGUUGGGACCACAGGUGUGCAUGCCAUACCCAGAUAAUUUUUUUAAAAAAUUGUUGUGGAGGUGGGGGUCUCCCUAUGUUGCCCAGGCAGAUCUCAAACUCCUGGGCUCAAGUGAUCCUCACACCUCAGCCUCCCAAAGUGCUGGGAUUACAAGUGUGAGCCACCGUGCCUGGCCUUUCUUUUUUUAACUUUUUUGUUUAACUUCUCUCUUCACUGCAUCCCAGUCUAUCUACAGGAAAGCAGGUUUGAAGUAAAAACAAAGACCUUCACUAUAUUUUGACAAAAGGAAAGAGGAAGAGUUUCUAUUAAAAUCUAUCACUUGAGUGAUGUCAUUUAAGUCCUGUUUUAGGAGAUAAAAAUAGCUUUUGGGACUGGUUAAAGUCCCCCAGAAACUCUAAUACAGUUAAGAACAACUUUUGUUUUAAACUCUUAUCACUUUGUAAUUUUGACUCAAUCCUUUUCUGGACCAUUUUUGUUAAUAAAUAUCAAAUUGUA